AUGAUAUUUUGUGAAAAUCAUCUACCAACUACAGAACAACCGCAAAGUGGUGAAAGUAUACAACUACAAACUGAAUUAAAUUUUUUCCCAUUACAAGAAGAAAUAAGUUAUUUACACAAGCAGUUAUUCAAUUUAACUUUAUCACAUGCCAAUCUGAAAGAAAAUUAUGAGAUAUUGAAGAAACAAUAUGAUAAUAUGCAACAAGUUAUCAUUGACGCAAAUCUUUCUCUACGUGAUCAAGUUGUAAUCGAGAGUUUAACAAUGAAAUAUGAAAAUGCUAAAAAGGAACUACAAGAAUCCCGUAGACUGGUGAAUGAACUUCGACAAAUCGGUUGGGAGUAUUUACCCCAAAAAUUAAAAGAAGAAUAUAAAAGCGGUAUGGAAAGUAUUGAGACAAUGCGAAAUCAGUUAAAUCAAGCUAUACACUCAGAGGCUUUGGCUAAGUCAAUAGCUUCAGAAACACUCAAGAAAGUCUCCUUGUUAGAAGGGAUAAUCGCGGGACAGACAUUAACCAUUGAUGACUUAAAUAAGCAGAUAGCUGACAUGAAAACAGUUCAUAGUAAUCGAAUUAUUGAAAUGAGAAAUGCAUGGGAGCAGACAUCUAUACGCCUGUACUUACGUGCAAAACGUAGACAAUUGCAUAUAGAAAAACAGUUAAAUGAAGUGAGAUCAUGGUUCAAGAAGCCAACAGAUGAAUUACUUGAGAAGAUUAUUUUCCAGUCAAAUUUAGCCUUUCAUUAUCCAAGUCUCCAAAAUUGUAGCAAAUUCCUUGUGGUAGAAUCUGAAUGCCCGGUGAAUAAUAGCAAGGAAGCGGAAUUGCAGGAACCGUCAAUCAAAGCCGAAACCGAAGAAUUCAAUAAAUCCUCAUCACCUCAACAUAUUGAAACAGCUGUGGGAGCAUUGACAAAAUCUUCAACAGAUCACAUGAUUAUCACUUCACUUCUAAUGAAUAAUUCACAAAAGUGGAAUAUAUCCUCGGAAAUUUCUUCAAAGCAUUCAAAGAAGAUAUACAAUUUUAAAGAUAAUCCAUAUCGUCUGUUCCAAGUAGACGAAGAUGAAACUAAAGAAAAAGAAGAAGAAGACAUUGGAGAAGAUGAGGAAGGCAAAUCCCUUAUGGAGAGUAUUUUUAUCAAUAAAAACAGUAAAGAUGUUCAUGAGGACGAUGCUAUACAUGAUGUUAGCGAAAAUAAAAACCAUUCAACAUUGGAAGAAAUACAUUAUAAGUAUCAACAAGAAAUUCAAGCUAAAGUAAAAGAAAUAAAAGCCUACAAAUACUUGUUAAAACAAAUGAAUCAUGAAUUAGAAAUGUUAAAGUCAAACAAAAAAACAUUGAACGCUGAUCAAACAUUGUACAUUGACAAAGAAAAAUUAACAGCCGAAAAUGAAUUACUUAAAAUAAAUUAUCAUAAUGAAAUGUUAUUACGGAAAAAAUAUCAUAAUCUUGUAGAGAAUUUAAAAGGAAAUAUCAGAAUCUAUUGUCGUAUACGUCCAGUGGAUUUGCCCACCGCUGAAAAGGAUACUGCCAGUGUGACUACAAUUCAACAUGUGAAGAAUGAAUCGAAAGUAUUCGCUUUAGAUCAGUACACGGUAUUGGCGAAAUACAAUCACACUGAUAGAAAUUAUACCUUUAAUCGUGUAUUUGAUCAAACAUCAACAGAAGAUGAGAUUUUUGAAGAAAUCAAACCAUUGGUCCAGUCUUCAGUGGAUGGGUAUAAUGUAUGCAUUAUUGGUUAUGGUGAGACAGGCAGUGGUAAGACGACUACACUGUUUGGAGGUAAAGAUAACGCGGGAUUAUUACCCCAUAUUGGUGAUUAUUUGUUUGAAUUGGUGAAUAAACCAACAUUUACUGAAAAGUAUAAAUCGUCUAUUUCUUUGAUGCUUCUUCAACUGUACAAUGAUCGAUUAAUAGAUGUAUUCAAUAAAAAUGGGGAAAGUACUCAGGAAGAUUUGGAAAUCACCAUAAAUGAUAAUGGUAUUGUUGAUGUUCCUAAAGCUACAAGACUAAGUGUAAAUGAUGCCAGUGGGUUUCAUCAAAUCAUGGAACAAAUUAUACCAAACAAUAAGACAUUUUCAAAAUCAAAAAUUCUCCACAGCUCAAAAUCUCAUCUCAUCCUUAGCAUAUUUCUGAAUAUUACCAAUAAAAUCAAUCAAGAAUCAUACUAUGGGAAAUUUUCAAUAAUUGAUUUAGCUGGAAGUGAACAGCCUGCGAGGAGAGGAUUAACUGCAGAACAGUUAAAAGAGGUCAACUUUAUUUCUUCAACACUUUCAACUUUGGGUGAUGUAGUUUCAGCCUUGUUAACAUCACAAACCUAUUUCCCCUACCAGAAUAGUAAAUUGACACAACUUAUGCAAGAUUCACUUGGAGGUAAUUCAAAAUCUGCUAUGAUCAUAACAAUUAAUCCAAGCAUAACAAGUAUGUCGGAGACAAUAAAUUCACUAAAUUAUGCAACACGUGUUAAGUUAAUUCAAAAUAAACCUCAAAGAACCUCUUCUAUCAGUAGAGGUAUAAAGGCUACUAGAAGUUCAAUCAACCUACAACCACCAUCAACACCAACAGGAUCUAUUAAACGCAAAAUAACCAACAGAUGA